GCCCGCCAUGGUGCUGCAGAACAGCGGCCGGCGGCCGGCGGAGCCCGGGGGAGACGCCGACGACACUCGGGAUGACGGCCCCUCCCUCUCCGCCCUCAAACGGCUGGAGCGCAGUCAGUGGACGGACAAGAUGGACACGAGGUUUGGGUUCGAGAGGAUGAAAGAGCCCGGCGAGAAGACUGGCUGGCUGAUUAACAUGCAUCCCACGGAGGUUUUGGACGAGGAUAAGCGCUUGAUUAGUUCAGUGGACUACUACUUCAUCCAAGAGGAUGGGAGCAGAUUUAAGGCGGUGCUCCCCUACAAGCCGUAUUUCUACAUCGCCACCAAAAAAGGCUGCGAACGGGAAGUGUCGUCAUUUCUCUCCAAGAAGUUUCAGGGGAAAAUUGCUAAGCUGGAAACUGUUCCCAAAGAGGACCUGGAUUUGCAAAAUCAUUUGGUGGGCUUGAAGCGGAAUUACAUUAAGCUGGCCUUCAACACCGUGGACGACCUGGUGAAAGUGAGGCGGGAGAUCUCUCCGGCCGUGAAGAAGAAUCGAGAACGGGACCACGCCAGUGAUGCCUAUACCGCCAUGCUAUCCAGCGCGCUGACGGGGGGAUGCAUGGCGACCGAGGGAGAAGGGACCUCUAAGAAGAUUUCCGACCAGAUGGACAACAUCGUGGACAUGAGGGAGUACGACGUCCCCUACCACAUCCGUCUGUCCAUCGACCUGAAGAUUCACGUGGCACACUGGUACAACGUCCGCUUCCGAGGCAGCGCCUACCCGCCGGAAAUCAUCCGCCGAGAUGACCUGGUGGAGCGACCCGACCCCGUGGUGUUGGCAUUCGACAUCGAGACGACCAAACUGCCCCUCAAGUUUCCCGACGCGGAGACGGACCAGAUCAUGAUGAUCUCCUACAUGAUUGACGGCCAGGGAUACCUGAUCACCAACAGGGAGAUCGUCUCUGAGGAUAUUGAGGAUUUUGAAUUUACUCCCAAGCCAGAGUACGAAGGGCCUUUCUGCGUCUUCAAUGAACCGGAUGAGGCUCGUCUAAUACAGCGGUGGUUUGAACACGUCCAGGAGACCAAGCCCACCAUCAUGGUGACGUACAAUGGAGAUUUCUUUGACUGGCCCUUUGUGGAGGCCAGAGCGGCGGUUCACGGCUUGAAUAUGUAUCAGGAGAUUGGAUUCCAGAAGGACAACCAAGGGGAAUAUAAGGCCUCUCAGUGCAUCCACAUGGACUGCCUCAGGUGGGUCAAGAGAGACAGUUAUCUCCCCGUGGGGAGCCACAACCUCAAAGCUGCUGCCAAAGCCAAGCUGGGCUACGACCCCGUGGAGCUGGACCCCGAAGAGAUGUGUCGAAUGGCCACCGAGCAGCCUCAGACGCUGGCCACCUACUCUGUGUCGGAUGCCGUUGCCACCUAUUAUAUGUACAUGAAGUACGUCCACCCCUUCAUUUUCGCCCUCUGCACCAUCAUUCCCAUGGAACCAGAUGAGGUCUUGCGGAAGGGCUCGGGGACUCUGUGCGAGGCCCUGCUCAUGGUGCAAGCUUUCCACGCCAACAUCGUCUUCCCCAACAAGCAAGAGCAGGAGUUCAACAAGCUGACGGACGACGGGCACGUGCUGGACUCGGAGACCUACGUCGGGGGUCACGUGGAAGCCCUGGAGUCGGGGGUCUUCCGCAGUGACAUUCCCUGCCGCUUUAAGAUGAAUCCAGCAGCCUUCGACUUCCUGCUGCAGCGAGUGGAGAAGACCAUGCGACACGCCAUUGAGGAGGAGGAGAAGAUACCUCUGGAGCAAGUCACCAACUUUCAGGAGAUUUGUGACGACAUUAAAGCCAAGCUGACUUCCCUGAAGGAAGUUCCCAACCGCAUCGAGUGUCCCCUCAUUUACCACCUGGACGUGGGGGCCAUGUACCCCAACAUCAUCCUCACGAACCGGCUGCAGCCGUCUGCCAUGGUGGACGAGGCCACGUGCGCCGCCUGUGAUUUUAACAAGCCGGGGGCAAACUGCCAGCGGAAGAUGGCCUGGCAGUGGAGAGGGGAGUUCAUGCCGGCCAGCCGGAGCGAGUAUCACCGGAUCCAGCAGCAGCUGGAGUCGGAGAAGUUCCCCCCGCUCUUCCCGGACCGACCCGCCCGGGCGUUCCACGAGCUGUCCCGAGAGGAACAGGCCAAGUACGAGAAGAAGCGGUUGGCGGAUUACUGCCGGAAAGCCUACAAGAAGAUCCACAUCACGAAGGUGGAGGAGCGCCUCACCACCAUCUGCCAGAGGGAGAACUCCUUCUACGUGGACACGGUGCGAGCCUUCCGGGACCGGCGCUACGAGUUCAAGGGACUUCACAAGGUGUGGAAGAAAAAGCUGUCCGCAGCCACGGAGUCAGGAGACGCGGCCGAAGUGAAGCGCUGUAAGAACAUGGAGAUUUUGUACGACUCCCUGCAGCUGGCCCACAAGUGCAUCCUCAACUCCUUCUACGGCUACGUCAUGCGCAAAGGGGCUCGCUGGUAUUCCAUGGAGAUGGCUGGGAUCGUCUGCUUCACCGGAGCGAAUAUCAUCACGCAGGCCCGGGAGCUGAUUGAGCAGAUCGGGAGACCCUUGGAGUUGGACACAGACGGCAUCUGGUGCGUCCUACCCAACAGCUUUCCGGAAAACUUUGUCAUCAGGUCGACCAACGCGAAGAAGCCCAAGGUGACCGUCUCCUAUCCUGGGGCCAUGUUGAAUAUCAUGGUGAAGGAAGGCUUCACCAACGAUCAAUACCAGGAGCUGGCCGACCCAGCCUCGCUCACCUACGUCACCCGCUCGGAGAACAGCAUCUUUUUUGAAGUGGACGGACCCUAUUUGGCCAUGAUCCUCCCCGCUUCCAAGGAGGAAGGGAAGAAACUGAAGAAAAGGUACGCCGUGUUCAACGAAGACGGCUCCCUGGCUGAGCUGAAAGGCUUUGAGGUGAAGCGGCGCGGGGAGCUGCAGCUGAUCAAAAUCUUCCAGUCCUCGGUGUUCGAGGCCUUCCUGAAGGGCGGCACGCUGGAGGAGGUGUACGGGUCCGUCGCCAAGGUGGCCGAUUACUGGCUGGAUGUGCUGUACAGCAAGGCGGCCAACAUGCCCGACUCGGAGCUGUUCGAGCUGAUCUCCGAGAAUCGCUCCAUGUCGCGGAAGCUGGAGGACUACGGGGAGCAGAAGUCGACCUCCAUCAGCACGGCCAAGCGGCUGGCCGAGUUUCUGGGGGACCAGAUGGUCAAGGACGCCGGGCUGAGCUGUCGCUUCAUCAUCUCCCGGAAGCCCGAGGGGUCUCCGGUCACGGAGAGGGCCGUCCCGCUGGCCAUUUUCCAAGCAGAGCCCACGGUGAGGAAGCAUUUCCUUCGGAAAUGGCUCAAGAGCCCCUCCAUGCAGGACUUCGACAUCCGGAUGAUCCUAGACUGGGACUACUACAUCGAGCGGCUGGGCAGCGCCAUCCAGAAAAUCAUCACCAUCCCGGCGGCGCUGCAGCAGGUGAAGAACCCCGUGCCCAGGGUCCGACACCCUGACUGGCUGCACAGGAAGCUGCUGGAGAAGAACGACGUGUACAAGCAGAAGAAGAUCAGCGAGCUGUUCGGCAGCGAGGGCAAGCGACGGGUCACCGCCAACCAACCCGCGGAGGGCAGCCAGGGUCGGGAGACUCCGGACGUGGAAGACUUGGGGCUCGCCAGGGUCCGGCGGGCCGCCGUGCCCGUCGCCACGAAACGGAAGCGAAUCCCGGUGGAGAGCCAGGAGGAGUCUCAGAACCUGGAGCUCACCCAGUCCUGGCGGGAAAUCCUGGGACAACCGCCGCCCCUCGGCUCCACCAAGGAGGAGCGGCUAGUAUGGCUCAGGUUCCACAAGAAGAAGUGGGCGCUGCAGGCCCGCCAGCGACUGGAGCGUAGGAAGCGCCGACGUCUGCAGGCGGGGGAGGCCGCGGCGGGCGGCGGGGUGAUCCGGGACGGACCUUCUACCGGCCUGGGCAGCUUCCUGCGCCGGACAGCCCGCAGCAUCCUGGACUUGCCUUGGCAGAUCGUGCAGAUCAGCGAGACGAGCCAGCCAGGCCUGUUCAGGCUGUGGGCCGUGAUCGGCGCCGACCUGCACUGCAUCAAGCUGAGCGUCCCCCGGGUCUUUUACGUGAACCAACGGGUGGCCAAGGCGGAGGAGGGAGCGGCCUUCCGCAAGGUAAACCGAAUCCUGCCUCGCUCCAACGUGGUCUAUCACCUGUACGAGUACUCGGUGCCCGAGGACAUGUACCAGGAGCACAUCAACGAGAUCAACGCUGACCUGUCCGCCCCGGACAUCGAGGGCGUGUAUGAGACCCAGGUGCCCCUGCUGCAACGGGCCCUGGUCCAACUGGGCUGCGUCUGCACGGUCAACAGGCAGCUGGCGAAGCAAGCCCCGGGCCGGGAAGCCGACAUCUUCGAGCUGGAGCACUUGGAGAUGCGCUCCUUGGCUCAGUUCAGCUACCUGGAGCCGGGGAGCAUCCGGCACAUCUACCUGUACCACCACUCGCAGGGCAGCAAGGCGCUCUUCGGCCUCUUCGUCCCUUCCCAGCGCAAAGCCUCCGUGUUCGUGCUGGACACGGUUCGCAGUAACCAGAUGCCGAACCUGAACAGCAUGUACUCGGCGGAGCGCAGUCUCCUGCUGGGAAAGCUGGGGUCCGACCUGCUGCCCCCGGACAGGCACAUCUUCGAGGUGCGAGCGGAGACCGACGCCAAGACCAUCUACCGAGCCAUCCAGCGGCUGCUCCUCGGCUAUAAGGAAGAACGCCGGGGCCCCACCCUCAUCGCGGUGCAGUCCAACUGGGAGCCGAAGCGGCUGGCCGGCGGCAUGCCGGUCUUCGAGGAGUUCCCGCUGGUGCCCGUCUGCGUGGCCGACGACAUCAACUACGGGGUCCUGGACUGGCAGCGCCAAGGAGCCCGCCGCAUGAUCCGCCGUUACCUCAACCUGGACACCUGCCUGGCCCAGGCUUUCGAGAUGAGCAGGUACUUUCACAUUCCCAUUGGGAAUCUCCCCGACGACAUCUCCACCUUUGGCUCCGAUCUGUUCUUCUCGCGCCACCUUCGGCGCCACAAUCACUUGCUGUGGUUCUCGCCGACGUCCCGCCCCGACCUCGGCGGGAAGGAGGCGGACGACAACCGCCUCGUCAUGGAGUUUGAUGACAAGGCGUCGGUGGAGAUCAACAAUUCCGGCUGCUACUCCACAGUGUGUUUGGAGCUGGACAUCCAGAAUCUGGCCGUCAACACCCUCCUGCAGUCGCACCACGUGAACGACCUGGAGGGAGCCUCCAGCCUGGGCAUCAGCUUCGACGUGAUCCAGCAGGCCUCUCUGGAGGACAUGGUCACCGGGCACCAGGCGGCCGGCGGCCCGGCCAGCUACGACGACACUGCCCUCUGCUCCAACACCUUCAGGAUCCUGAAGAGCAUGGUGGUCGGCUGGGUGAAGGAGAUCACGCAGUAUCACAACGUCUACGCCGACAACCAGGUGAUGCAUUUUUACCGCUGGCUUCGGUCCCCGUCCUCCCUGCUGUACGACCCAGCCCUGCACCGCACGCUGCACAACAUGAUGAAGAAGCUCUUCUUGCAACUCGUGGCCGAGUUCAAGCGCUUGGGGUCGUCGGUCGUUUAUGCCAACUUCAACCGCAUAAUCCUGUGCACCAGGAAGCGCCGAAUCGAGGACGCCCUCGCUUACGUGGAUUACAUCACCAACAGCAUCCACUCCAAAGAGAUCUUCCACUCGCUGACAAUCUCAUUCUCCCGCUGCUGGGAAUUCCUCCUCUGGAUGGAUCCAUCCAACUACGGAGGGAUCAAAGGGAAAGUGCCAUCGAGGGUCCACUAUGGGGAGAAGGAUACUAAGAGACGACAGAAGGCUGAAGAGGAGGAGGGGAGUGAGGAGGAGGAAGAAGAGGAGGAGGAGGAGGAGGAGGAGGAAGGAGAACCUGACGUGGAGGACUUACUGGAAAACAACUGGAAUAUUGUACAGUACCUGCCCCAGACAGCGUCCUGCCAGAGCUAUUUCCUUAUGAUCGUCUCAGCUUACGUGGUGGCCGUUUAUCACAGCAUGAAGGAGGAGCUGAAGCGAAACGCCCCCGGCUGCACCCCCGUCAAGAGGCGGGCGAACAGCCAGGUGUCCCAGGAGUCCGAGGGAGGAACGGGGGCCAUGCCUGGCAUGAUCACCUUCUCCCAGGAUUACGUCGCCAACGAGCUCACCCAGAAUUUCUUCACCAUCACCCAAAAGAUCCAGAAGAAAGUCAGCGGUUCUCGGAAUUCCACGGAGCCCUCGGAGCUGUUCCCCCGUCUCCCUGGCUCCCACCUGCCGCUUCACAAUCCGGCCCUGGAGUUCAUCAAAUACGUCUGCAGGGUGCUUUCUCUGGACACCAACAUCACCAACCAGGUGAACAAGCUGAACCGGGAUCUGCUGCGCCUCGUCGACGUGGGAGAGUUCUCGGAGGAGGCCCAGUUCCGGGACCCCUGCCGCUCCUACGUGCUCCCCGAGGUCAUCUGCCGCAGCUGUAACUUCUGCCGGGACUUGGACCUCUGCAAAGACCCUUCCGUCGCCCAGGACGGGUCGGUCCUCGCCCAGUGGCUGUGCCCCAACUGCCACGCCGCCUACGACUCGGCCCACAUCGAGACGGCGCUCGUGGAAGUCCUGCAGAAGAAGCUGAUGGCCUUCACUCUGCAGGACCUGGUGUGCCUCAAGUGCAAAGGCGUGAAAGAAGCCAACAUGCCCAUCUACUGUAGCUGUGCUGGGGACUUUUCCCUCACCAUCCCCACCAAGGCCUUCGUGGAGCAGAUAACUAUCUUCCGGAACAUCGCCCAGCACUACGCCAUGUCGUACCUGCUGGAGACCAUCGAGUGGCUACUGCAGAUGAACCCCCGCCUCGCCAGAUAGGGCAGGGCCCCGCCGGAGCGGGAUCCGCCAGCCCCUUGAAGGCCGCCGCUGGACCCUCUGGGCCUCGUGGCCCCGGGUGGUCUGGGCUCGCCCAAACCCAGCAGCGGGGACCACCCCAAGGGAGCUCCGUGGGUACCUCGGGUCGGGGCUUCAAACUGGAGCCGGAGAGGAUCGAGAGACCCGAGAAUGCCCAAGCCCCCCGAUAGCCCCGGGUGGUCAGUUGGUGGCCACCCGCCCGGGCUCCCGCGGGUGCACGCGGAAGAAGCGUGGCGGCUCUCUUCUCUCCCCCACCCGCCGAACCCGCUCCAGGCCUGGUUUUCCCCCGAAGCCAUCGUGUCCGGGGACUUGGUAAAGCUUUGCCUUCGCCGGGGUUUUAGCCUUGGGAAUAAACGUGGUUGUCCUGCAGCGGUUACUGGAAUCUCGGCAGCAGCAGAGGGAAGCUUCUGAACUUCCUCCCUAAUGGGGAAUUUUGUCCCUAAUGAGAUUUGCCCACCCCCAUCCCGCCUUCCUUCCCCGGCUUCUGGACCGGUUGACCGCCGGGCUGGGAGGAAGGAGGGAGAAGGCGGAGAGGAAGGUCUCAAAGGAGCAGGGAGUGGGGGGAUGCGUGAGCAAGG